UCGUCGUCGUUUGUCGUUUUGUCCCAUCGUGGUCGCGAUUUCGUUUCCUAGUAUAAUUCCGUUUUCUCAAUAACGAUACUGCAUUAGCGGAAAUCAGGAAAUUCGUCGUGGUGUAGUUAAUUGUGUGGUGAAAGAAAAAGUGACGGUAAAUAACCGUGCAGAAACCCGAGAGCUCCGACUUUUUCCUAGCCCCAAUCCUCAUCGGUUGAACACGGGAGAAGAUCGGGGCGGUUUAAAGCUGACGGUUCUGCAAUCAAAAAGUAGCUGGUGAAAGAAAAUCUCCCCGGCCACACCAAUCCCGCCCCGGAAAGAAGCACGCACACGCAGUGUUUUCCGUUGCUAUCGGAAAUUGGCUGAACAAGUCCAGAACCUCCAGAUUCUAGGAGCGAAUCCUGCUGCUCAAGGAAUAAUUUUGGAACGGUUGGUGAAACGUUAGCUGCGGCUGAACGGCCUGCUCGUCCAACGAAACAGCACACAGUUAAUAGACCUGUACCAGGUGUGUUCCGUUCCGCCCGGUGUCCGAGCAAGGAUGGGUGACGCAAUCAACUUUGGGCCUGCCUGGUUACGCAAGGUAUCGUCCGAUAGUAAUCCCACUAGUAACCAUCACAGUACGAACAGUAGCAGCAGCAGCAGCAGUCACCACAGCAGUCAUACGAUGCUGAACAACAAUAGCAGCAGCAGCACUGUCGUCAACAAUGCUGGUGGUGGCGGCGGCGUCGGAUUGCAUCAUCAGCAUCAUCCGCAUCAUCAUUCGCAGUCGCCGUCGUCGUCGCACUCUUCGUCGCAUCACUCGCAGCAUAGCCUGUCGCAGGGUGGCAGCACUAUCGGGAGUGGUAGCGUCGGCGGCGGCGGCAAUGGUACCGGCGGUAGCGGACUAUCCAAUAGUUCGUUUGGCGGAGGUUCCGGUGGAGGCGGCAGCGCCCUUGUUAACAAUGGUGGUACCGGGUCGGGAGCAGUUGCCACCUCUACCGCUAUUCGGUACCCGUUGGCAGAGUUUCGCUACGGGCGCGAGGAAAUGUUGGCCCUGUUCGACGGGAGAACGAUUAAAACUCCGGAAAUAUUGGUGCAAUUUAAGCGUUUGUUCGUGGAUAAACCACAACCGCCGCUUGCGCUGACACCGUGUCCAGAGGAAGAACUAAUCGUCGAACCGGAAUCGCGGCGCCCUUGGCCAUCGAGAAGUGUUUCGCUUGGUAUUCCUGGACGCGGUGCUCGCGGUGGUUCGGUUGAUCGUGGUCGUGGCCGUGGACGGGGACUGUACACCAGCUAUCAACGGUCGUCCUCUUUCUACGAAGAUGAAUCCAGGGGCGUAGGAAGAGGUGAACGACCGUGGCUGGAUCGUAAUGGAACCGGCGGUAUCGGGGCCGAUACUGAGUGGAAUAAUUCGUCAUCCAGCCCUAGGAAGGAGUAUGGAACGCGAGCAGUUCGCACUGGCGGUCCCAUGGAAAGCUGGCGUCGUUCCCGUACGGAUGACGAAAGCGCCGGGAUCACCAGUAACGGAGUUGGUGAUUGGCGAUCCGGUGGGGGCGCUCCGGGCAGUAUUACAGGCCUUGUGCGCGAGAAGUGGACUAGAUCUACUAGCUGGCGCGACGAGGACAGCACUUCCCAUCAUGGGCUCGACGGGCGUGGACUGAACAGUAGUGGUGGAAGUGACAGAAUGAUUCCACCCUACAAAUCACGCCUUGCGGCUGGUGGUGGUAUUGGUAGCGGUGUUGGCGAUUUGAAUUCCGGUCACUCGAUGGGUCCGGGCGGUAUGCGUCGUCCCAACUGGGACACGGAUGAGCUACCCGAGUGGGCAACCGAGAAUCCGUCAGAUUUUGGUGGCAGCUUUGACGCUACCGGUGCAUUUCAUGAUUCCGAUAACGAUGGUGAGAGCGGCGGCGGUGGUGUUGGUGGUACUGUCCAUAGUCGCUAUGGUGGGAACGCUAGUGAUGCAAACGGCAACAAGACACACAAUCAUGCGAAGGAUGAUGAUCGAUCGAAAGACACUCGGCGCCGAGCCGAAGACGGUGAACUCGUGGAGCAGGGAGGCGAAUCACGUCUGGACGGAACGGAAGAUACUGCGGGCAAAAAUAGAAAUGAUGGCUCUACUGCCGCAGCAACAGCGAAAGGUAGAGAGAUGGGAAAAGGCAUGAAUCAUGUCGGCGGUGGUGGUAAUCGAGUCGAAGAAGCAUCAAUGGUUGAUAGAAAAGAAUGUGACGAUGACGAUGAGAACCAACAACCGGGUGCCAAUGAUUCGCAACAAAAGCAAUCACGAAGCAAACGACAAGUGGGCAAAGAUGGAAACCAUCCUCAGGGUUCGGUGUCGUCUCCCGAGAAAGUUGCUUUGAGCGAAAACUCGGCAAACGUUCAAUCAAGUUCGGGGAAAGGAAUAUCUUCUUCGCACGAAUCGAUUGAAUCUUCCGUCUCAUCGACGAUCAGUAGUGCGGCACUGGUGGAAGGUGAUGUGCAAAAGAAUUCUCCGUCGUGGCAGGCGAAGGCAAACGAAGCCUCUGGCACCAAAACCGUGACGGAACAGCCGACAUCCGCAGCAGACCGUGAUAAAGGGAACGAUAUUGACCACAGCGAUGGUCAAAAACAUCGCGCCCAGCAGCAACAACUGCCGCCGCAGCACGAGAAACGUGUUGAGCCGAAAAAAUCACCAUCCAGCACAAGUGUCGACCGGAUGCAAGAAGUGGCAGACGAUAUGGUUGCUCAACUGAUUAUGGAUGACGAGUUUCUCGCGACUGACGGUGAUCCAUCGGUGAUUUCCUCCAUCGCUGCCAACUCCGCUGGGUUAGCUGGUGCGGGAGGUAGCCUCGGGAAAUCGCCCGUCUUCGGCAUGUCUGCGGCAGGUGCAUCCGGCACUACUGCUACAAUGGCGUCCGGUAACAUGGGGUUAAACAUGCUUCCACCGCUCAAAGGACUGCAGCCAAUGCAGCAACUGUUCGGAAACGGGAAUCUUUCUCGCGUCAAUCCGCUACUGCUGUCCGAUCCGGUGGUCGCCAACCGGGCCGCAAUGGCAGCAGCAGCGGCUGCUGCUGCUGGCGUAAAUCCCAUGGCACAGCUACACCAUCUAAUGGGCCCACCGGCUCCACCGCGUGGUUCGGACAUCUGGUACUAUUGUGACCCACAGGGUAAAGUGCAGGGACCGUUCCAAGCGGCAGAAAUGACAGAAUGGUACCGAGCCGGGUACUUCGACGAGUCGCUGUCGGUACGGCGAGAAUGCGAUGAGGUAUACAAUACGCUUGGCACACUGGUUGCGCUUUGCGGUGGUAUACCGUUCUUAAACUCAGCGGUCAUACAACCGUUCAAAGCAUCGGGUGGCGCGAACGUAACAAAACAUUCGCCACAACAACAACAGGCACAACCUAACGCGGUGUCCCAGGGUCAGCAGAAACCGGUCACUGGUCCUGGUGGUGCUAAUGGAAAUACCGUAAUGCCUUCACCGAAUCAACAACAAUCGGCCGGCCAAGGGCCGGGACAGCAACAGCAGCAGCAGCAACAGAUCCCAUUGCAUGCCGGAAGUGCUGGUGGUUCCGGACCGAACGGUGGACCCAACGUGGCUGGGCUACAUUUUUUGCGUCAGCAAAAUAUCGUGCUGCAGAAGCUCCAAAGCUCGGAAGGUUGGAAUCUACUUUCGCCUGAACAGCAAAACAUGAUCAUCACGCAACAAAUGAAUCAACUGAUGAACUCAGACCCGUCACGCAUUGGCAUGAUAUCUCCUUCCUCAUCGUUACCUGGUGGAAACGCCGGAACGAAUCAACAUCAUCAGCAACAACAGCAACAGGGUGGCAUUUUCAACGCCGGGGCUUCUGGUGGGGCAGCUGGUAUUAUACCAUCGGGUCCGGAUGCGCUAGUAAAUUUGAAGUUGCGGGAAAUGCAACAACAGCAAGGGCCUCAAUCGCAGCAACAACCUCCAGCCCACGUUAUGAUGGAGCAGUUGCAAAAAUCGGUGCCGGCCAACCAUAGCGAUAGCGCAUUCUUGAAACUGCACCUACCAGAGUUCAAUCAGUCAUCUCAAGCAACCGGAGUAAGACCAAUGCUGGGAAACAUGAACGUUGAUCCGACCACUGUAGCAGCUGUUGCUGCAAGGCACGAUCCACUCGGUCAGUUGAUGCAUGGUAUUGGAUUCAACCAUCAAGCAGCGGGACAAAAUAUGGGCCCACUCGGACCAAACAACCUUUUGCUGAACCGUGGUGGACUGUUAGGUUCAGGUAGCGGUGGUCCUGCACAGCAACCACAACCACCAAACCAACCACACCAGCAGCAACAACAUCCGGCGGCGGGUAAACCAGGUGGAGAAGAUUCGUUACAGUCCUUGUUCAUGCAAUUAUCAAUGCAUAAGAAUCAGCAAGCAUCGCAACAGAUUCCGAAUCAUCAGCCACCGUCGAAAUCGGCAGGUGAAAUGAUGGGCGCACCCGCCGGCUGGUUACAAUCGCCUGCCGGGCAAGCACAGGCCGCAAAUGCUGGUACAGGACUUUCUGGAUUAGUGCCGCGGGGUCCAAUGGUUGGUGCGGGGUCUGGCUGGGGCGAUUUACCGCCACCCACGAGUGCCUCAUUUGCUUCGAUAAUGCAGCAGCAACAGCAGUCGCAUCUGGCACUCGCUGGUCAUCAUCCACUGCUGUUGGGUGGUAGUGGUCCUUCCAAUGAACCACAAGCACCAUCGGUAGUUUCACUCUUCAAGCAUCAUCAGCAGGCAGAAAAACAACAACAAAUGGAGAAAGAGCAACAGCAGCAACAACUGUUGCAACAACAACAACAACAGCAGCAGCAAUUACAACAGAUGCACCAAGAAAAUGUGCUUGCGCAACAAAAGCAACAUCAUCUGCAACAAUCGCAGCAUGUGCAAGAAAAUCAGCAACAUCCACAUAUACAGCAGCAACUGCAACAGCAUCAAAUGCAGCAAUUGCAGCAACAUCAAGAACAACAAUUGCAACUACAACAGCAACCGCAACAGCAACAACAGCUGCAGCAGCAACAACAACUGCAACAGCAGCAGCAACAACAGCAGCAGCAGCAGCAGUUGCAGCAACAGCAGCAACAACAGCAAAAACAAGUGAAAGAGAAUCAAAAAAAGGAGAGCACUGCCAUAGAAUUGCCGCAGCAGCAACAGUCAGGUAAUAGUAAAAAACAAAAUAACAAACAGCAGCAGCAGCAGCAGCAACAAGUGAACCAUCACGCUGAAGCUGUCGAGGACAAAACGGCCACAAGUGUGUCGAUGCAGCAGAAUCAAAAGUCGAAAAAACAGCAAAAGAACAAUCAUGUUGUGGCGGGCGGUAAUAGCAACGGUCAAGUUACGAUAACCAGCGAGGAAGAAAGUGAGUUUAUAAUCGUUAAAAAGGAGAUGGAGGAAAAGAAGCGCCAAAAGGAGUUGAAAAAACAACAGCAGGAAGAGCAAAAGCGGAAGCUAGCGGAGGAGAAGAAGAUGCUGGAGGAACUGGAAGCACAGAAGCGAGCAAAGCUGCUCGAGUCCCAGCGCCGUGAGGCGAUGAAAAUACAAGAGCAGCAGCAGCAGCAACAGCAACGUUCCGUCCCGAAAGCUGUACCGGCACCAUGGUCCGGAGCGAUGGCCGAGAUUGCCAAUAGCAAGCUAAGCCUGACGGAGAUCCAAAAAACCGAACGUGCGCUUUUGGCCCGUCGUGAGAACAGCAUGCGGGAGCAACAGGAGCAGCAGCAGAUGCUAGAGAUGCAAUCGCAGCUGCUAGACGGUAGGCUGAAGUGGAACGCUCAGAACCUGAUGCCGGCCAAGGUGAAACCGUUGGCAGAGAUACAAGCGGAAGAGGCGGCCGCGGCCGAACGAGCUCGUGAGAAGAAUGCGAACGCGUCCGGCUUGACGGUGGCUGCGAUUGCAGCUCAAGGUGGUGUAAAGGGUGCCAAGAAGGAGGACAAUUUGGCUAGCCUGCUGAGUGGUGCUGGUGCAGCUGGUACUGGCUCAGCUGUGUGGCAGGUCCGUGGCGGCAGUAGCAUGCUGUACUUCAACUCAACUAAAGCUUGGACUGGGGAUGGUGUUGGCGAUGCGAGCAACCUGCUGGGCGGAGGAACAGGUGGAAGCUCUUCCGGGCUUAGCAAUAACGUGAGCUCCGGUGGCUUCUGGGAGGAACCCACGCAACCCAGCGUUGUAACUGCUGCUUCAAUUGUUGCUGCCACCGGUAAGGCUACCGGCAACAAUGCACGCAAACAGUCGUCUAUUGCCGGUGUGACCGCGACCGGUGGUGGGGCUGGUGGCAAGCAGCAGCAACAACUUUUGAGCAAAAGUAAAACGUUGGGCAGCAUUACCACGAGCUCCUCGUCGACUGUGACCGCUGCCAAGCAACAGAAGCAACAACAGCAGCAGGGCGCCACGAAGGGAAGUAGUUCCUCGAAUGCCGGCAAAUCCGUUGGGGGUGGUAAGAAUGGCAAUGUGACUGGCGGUAAUAAUGACCGUAAGGACGAAAGGAAGCAUCCGAACGAGCCGACCAAUGAAUUUACCGAUUGGUGUACUCGCGCCCUGAGCUCAUUAAACAGCAACGUUGACAUUCCAACAUUUGUCGGAUUUCUACAGGACAUCGAAUCACCGUUCGAGGUGAAAGAUUACAUCCGUGUAUACUUAGGAGAAAAUAAAGAGUGUUCGGAAUUUGCCAAGCAGUUCCUGGAAAGACGCUCGAAGUACAAAAAUCAGCAGCGCCAAAAGAAUGCCCACAUCGACGAUAUGUGCAAACCGGCACCAGCUAUAAACCCAUCGUCUAAUGAUUUCCAAGAAACCAAGGGUAAAAAUAAGAAAGUUAAAAAAAAUAAGAUGAUGAAACUCGACAGCCGCAUUUUGGGCUUCUCCGUAACGGCUGCGCCGGAUCGACUGAAUGUUGGAGAACGAGACUAUGGCGAUAAUGUUUAAAUGAUCGAUGCAGAGAUGAAUAUAGAGAGAAUAUAGAGAGAUGGCGAGAGGAGAGAGAAAGAUCAGGAACAUGCGUCGGUUCAUGUACACCUGUGUGACUAAACAUGAGAGCAGAUGUUGAUGUGCAUAAACACAAACGCUAAACCAAACACAAUAGAAAGGAUGGUGUAGCAAUAACAACCUUUCCCAAAAGUAGAUGUGAGCAGAUGGUUUUCCAUUUUUCGAUUUGGUUUUCUUUUAUAUCUACGCUUCGGAAAGCGUUGUUUUUCUUUUCGGUUGUAUUAAUUAUGCAAAAGUAUUCAUGGAUCGUUCGGGGAAAUGUCUACAUGCCUCUAGUGCAUGUAUCAAGGUUCGUUACGCAGGUCAGCUUUAUUUCGCACUUCUGUUGCUAAAUGUUAAUGGUUUGCAAUAGCCCCUUUUGUUGUUGUUUAUAAUAUAGUAUAAGCAACGUGUGAAAGUCGAAUUGCGCAGACUGAAUGUUACCGAUCGGGAUCGGCCAUUUUUGCCCAGUCUAAUUUUUAGGGCUAAAGUCUCGAUUAGAUCGUGCCUCUCCCACACAUGACGGUUAACUGUUUUAAGGGUAAUUCAAAACACAAGAAGAAUAAGUAUAUUACCGAUCGAUCCAUGCGUUCUUUUGUCUAUCAAUCAGUUGCGUAAAUCAUACCAAGGCAAAAUUGCACCUUAGCACUGCCUUGUUACGAUUUACUACAUUUCUUUAAAACCUUGUGCAUAAUACGUUUCCCGUGUACAGAAUUGGGAUUGUGUGUUGAUUUGCGAAACUCAAUCGAACGGAUUAUGAGCAAUUCACUGAUUAAACAAUUAUUAAUCGAUUAAAGGCAGCUCGUUUGAUUUAAUUCGCUGUGUAUUGUUACUGCAACGCACUUUCGAAUUCUGAAUUUGUUCAGUUAAUUUCGCCAAUACUGUCGGUCCAUUUUCGUAUUCGGUUUUAUAUUUUGGAUAGUUUCGUUAGGAUUUGUUCGACAGAUAAAUUUAUAUAGUCUAGAGUUUGUUUUGCAUAUGCAUUUCUACCGUAUUUCAAACCAGUGGCUGCCCUCCGUGAAACCAUUUUUUGCGGUGUUGUUGAACAUAAAUUAUAUACUUGUUGCUAUGAAUUUUGUAUCAAACAUGCUGAAGGAUACAGCGAAACAAUCCAAUUUAUAAAAUGGCUACAUAAGUGUUUUGCUACAAAGCGACGACGUUUGCGUUCUAGUGAGUUGAUUAUUUUAGCGCGCCUUGUAAAGGACAUCUUUAUCGUUGAAAAUGAUUGCUAAUCGAAAUCAAAUUUACGAGAUUUGUUUGAAACUACACACACAUACACACAUACACACUGCCACGUCUCUGCAUAUGUUUCAAUUACGUAUCGUCAUUAGUCUUGUUCAGCCGAAUAAACAGACUCGCCCACGGAUACUUAUAGAAGAGGGGCAGCUAACCAGCGCAAGGAUGCAAGGAUGAUUGCGUAGUAAGGAGAAAACACAAAUACAGUGCUUCCAUCGCAAAGAGCUCUUGGGAAACGCAAGAUGAUUUGAAUACCCCCGGUGUAUUCUUGCGAGACAUCCACCCAGAGGCAGAGGAUGAUGGAAUCAUGUUCAACUAUGUUGACAGAAGGAAACGCGGGAUUGCAUAAGGAAAGCAACAAAAAAAAAUCAUGCGUGUAGAUUUACAUCUAAUGUUAUGAAGCGAAAUAAACGAAAGAAAAAGCGACAUAGUACACAGGUGAUAAAUAAUUGGAAUAUCCUACAAUGGCAUACAUACAUUGCAAGAAAAGGAGUUCGGGGCGCGCAGUGCUUCCUUUCGGUUUGUACGUUACUUCCGGUUGAUUAUAGUUUAAUCCUCACAAUGCUCAUUUGUUUUGGGACUCAUGACCAUGGCUAAGAACAGUACCUGUUUAGGGUUCGUUGACAAACAUUGAUUCUCCUUACUACUCCAUCAUCUUGAGCGCUUGACAGUGUUGAGUUUUUUUAGCGAGCGGGGAAAAGUUUUAAAACCUCCAAAUGAAGCAUCGUCUGGCUGCUGCUGUGAGGUUGACGUACUGUAGGUUUUUAUGUUUGUUUAAUAUCUCUAUUUGUAUGUACAUUUCUUGCGCUGAAAUAAAGAAUGUGUCAGGAGCAAAACGA